AUGGCCAAAGACCGCUCCCCUGGCAGGUUCUACCUCCUUACAUGCCCUCGGACGGGCUCCAAUCUUCUUAUGAAAAUCCUGGCACUUGAAGGACAAAGCAACGUUGCCUAUCGUGAAGAUGGAGGCUACUUUUUCUCUCCGCUCCAUCUAUUAAGAUACGAUCUAAACUGCGUGGGCACACAUGUUGAAGAAUUGACACCCGAGCAGAAAGAGAAGCAGAUAGCCUGUAUAAAGAACUGUUAUAACACUCUUGUUCAGCAUGUUGAGGAGGCUGAAUCAGACGGAAAGCUUGUGGUUGUGAAAGAGCACACGCAUUACCUAACGGAUCCAGUAGCCGAGACUGAGUUCCUCCAUGGCCAGGGGUGCGUUGCUAACGAACUGCCUUGGGUGAUGCGUGGGAUAGAUGAUUUGGUGCAAAGUACCAAUGGUCGGUCAACUAAAAAUAAGACCCUUUUCUCCGAUGAUUUUCUAAAAACAUGGCGACCUAUAUUUUUAAUCAGACACCCUGCACUGGCUUUCCCAUCAUGGUACCGUGCCGCGGUCAGGGCGGAUGGCGAGGAGCAUGCCAGGUCAGCUCAGGGGAAACGGGCAUGUAGGAAAGUCAUGACUCUGCACUGGACACGAAGAUUAUAUGACUUUUACGCACAGGAGUCCAAUAAGACUGAUGAUGUCAAUGGUGCUCUUGGGGAAGGGAAGGAUACAGGUGCAUGGCCCCUGGUUCUCGAUGCAGAUGACAUCAUGACACAGCCGGCAGUUAUCGUCAAGUUUUGCAACAUUGUCGGUCUGGAUAGCGACAAGCUGAAGUUCAACUGGGAGAAAGACGAGCAGCAAAGGCGGCCCGGUAUCAUGGCAUUCAGAUCAACCAUUGAUAGCUCCACCAAGAUCGAUCCUACAAAGGCAGCAGGCGAUGUUGACAUUGAACAGGAGGCAGGGAAAUGGCGAGAGGAGUUUGGAGACGAGAUUGGGCGUCUAGUGGAGGAGUGCGUGCGAGCGGCGAUGUCGGACUAUACCUACCUAAAAUCUAAAAGGCUUGUAGCGUAG